GAAGACUAUUUACAUUGUGUGAAAAACACAAAGGAAUGCCAUUUUAAGAGAUUUAUCUGUUAUUUAUAUGAUUUAAGUAAGUAAUGAAGUAGGUUUAGGUGAAGAAAAUGUCUAGAAAUACCGGAAUGGAAGCUGAAAGUGGUGAUUUACGUCGCGUCAAUAAAAAAGGUACUGACGCAACGACUUUUCCAAGAUAUAUGGUGUUUAAUAAAGAAAACUAGAAAUAUAUUUUUGAAUUUUUCGCGUUUUCGAGUUCAUUUGUUAUAUAUACCUGUCGUCACGGGGGCUAACGUUUGGGUUAGAUUUCCUUUUUCUUCAUUGUAAUGACAAACUUUGUUGAUACAAGCUCCAAUUACAAUCAUACAUCUAAGAAACAUUUGCAUUCCCCAAAAAAUUACGCGUCUUCACGUAAAUCUUUGAUUUCAAGUCCAUGUUCCAGUGAGAAAAGUCAUUCUCAUACCAUGCUACCAGCUGAAGUUGCUAGUAAUCACCUUAAGGACCAUAAUAUGAACAUGGUAGAUUCUAUAAACGAAUCUUUUCAAAGUCCUUCUACAAAAGUGCGGAAGGACAUUUAUGACUUUGACGAAGGAGACGAAUUUGUCUUUGGCUCUUUAGCCAUAAAGCCAUCUACACCACAACGGCUCGCCGUUACUACGUGGACGGAUGACCAGAAAGAAUGUUUAGAAGCUGCAAAGCAGAUUAUAAAAUCUAAUGUCUAUUCAUCUAUCAUCAUUCGAACAUAUCCUCCUAAACGCAAACAGCAAGAGGCAUCAGCAGACGCUGAUGUUGAUCCAACAAACGCCGAUUCUGAAACUUCAUUUGUAGUAAAAAAGAGGAAAAGUAGCUGGACGGAAGAGGAUGAGAAGUGGUUUCGAGGCAAAAUCGAUGAACUGUUACAAGCGCGAUCAAUUUCAUCUGAUCAAAUGAAAGAAAUACUGGAAAGUUCGGAUGCAAAAGCUCGUUUGUUUGGAUUCCUGGAAUCUGCAAGUUUAUAUUUACACCGCUCUGAAAACUCUUUGUUGACUUAUAUGCGAGCCAUUUUCGAAGUUACUGGUUAUGAACGACGACCUGUUCAAGAGAUUGCUCUUGAAACUACCGAAUCAUCAAUUCCUGUCUUUGACCGUGACGAUGCUGAGUAUAUUCAUGGCUGUGUGUUAUCCUUUUGUGAUAACGAGGGUAUCACGUUGGAGGAAUUUGGGCAUCGCGAAUGUGAUCCUAGCAUACAUUACAAGGGACACCAGUCUUUGUAUAACGAAAUUUUGCUUGGGAUUCAGAAACAAAUUUGCAAGAAAAGUCUUUCAAAUUAUAUAAAACUGGUUUAUUGUCCAAAAAAUGUACAAGAAAAUUAUGAUGAAGAAUCCUUUCAAAGACUGUAUCAGUUGGUGAGCGAACAAGGAACCAAAUGGAGCUGGAUUGCAACUCAAAUGGGUCUCCCCUCAAAAGAAUGUGCAUUACUGUGGAAAUAUGCAGCAAAAUCUUCCAAGUUUUCUUUGGCAAAGUCUUUGAGUAGCAGCCCAAAGUCCAGCCCUACAAGUCCACUUGUUAAUCCUGCUCGUGAAGAACCUGAGGUACACACAUUAAAUAAUAAUGAGAAGCUUAUGAAGAGUCACUCAUUGGAAGACAAUCCCAACCCAAGUUUCGAAGAUACAAAUGAACAGCCAUUACUUAUGAGAUCGAGAACUGAUGAGAAUAAAAAACAGAGCAAGAAAAAAAACAAUAAAAAGAAAAAGAAAAAAAAUGGAUCCAAGUUUUAUGCUGGAGAUAGUUUACAGCUAUUAGAGCAUGUUCAGAACUCCGUUCCACCAGACGCAAAAAUCACAGCAGAUUUGGAUUGGGAUCGCAUAUCAAGCGUGAUGUCUAGAUGGACAAACGAGGAGCUUAAAUUACAAACUGAUAACUUAAUUUCGACUGUGAAAGGUUGGAAGAAAAAACCUCUUCAACAGAAUAUUAAAGCAGCCAUUGAUGAAUUAAAAACUUUACCUCAAGGAACUUUAAAGCAGAUCAAUCGGAAAAUUUAAUUUCGUACCUGCGUUCGUUGCAUAAAUGAACCUCGUUUCGAAUCGUAAUUUCUUUAUUGGCUCAUUUAUAAUUAUCUGUUGUUUACGCAUGUUCUUAUUUAUUUAUUUUUUUCAUUCGUUUCCCUAUGAUAACAUUUAUGAUGUAUCGAUUUUUAUGAAUAAUAAUAAUUCAUACAUGAGAUGAAUGUAUGUACGCAUGAAACUUUUACUUAUGAUAAACAAAAGUCGCUCUUGGAAUGUGUUUACAAGCAAGUGUAUGUACGAUAGACUGUUUCAUGAACGCUCACGACUGGCUCCUUUAAAGUUUCGUCAAUGUGAAUUCAUUGUUAUGUUAUUGACAAUAUGAAUGUACUGUACUCUUUGCCACUUUUUAAGCUUCUCCUACAUGCGCAAUUCCUUUGUCAGCGGUUUUGUAGCAGUUUUAAUUUUUUCUUAACACCCUCUCAGGUUUACAUCACUUCUGUGAAAGGGGUUGAAGUAAGAUGUCAAUGUUGGUGGAAUAGUCACAAAUAGAGUGAGAAUUACCGAAAAGCGGUUACCUUCACUUAUCUCAUCCAAACAAUGAGAUAAAAAUUUUCUGUGACUUGCUUAAUUGGUGUGUGUGCAGACUUACUCGCACGGUGUUGUGAAGUUAAAAAUUUUUUAACUCGCUAAACGGGUCACUGCUCCUUCGCAUACAAAACUUUUUUUAACCCUACUAUAUCUAACCUUUUCCUUCGCAAACAACAGCGUUGCUUCUUAAAAAGCUGGAUAUUGGGAGUCUUUUUUCACUGUUGAUAAGCGUCUAUUGACGACUACUCACAGAGGCUUGGCAAAGAAUUACGUUUUUAAAACGUUGCUCCUGUUCGAAGUCUUUGCAGCUUUCCUACGAUCAAGGUUUGGAACGACUGGUUUUUGAAGUAUAUUUUUGUAUAAAUCAAGGCUUUAUUGUUCUUUUAUAAGAAAAAUAAAGCGAACGCUUUGACAGAUUUAUACAGUCACAUCAGCGAACUACAACCUUAGAUCGGCGGCAUAUUUUACGUUCGCCAGCCUGUCUCUUCCAGUUUU